AUGGAGUCAGUGCCUGCAUCCAGCUUCAGAACUGCCCUGAAUGACAUCAUGGAACCAAACCCAACAAACAUAACACAAGUUGUCUGUACAUUUUCACAACUUCCGGCCUAUAAUUUUUUUAUAUUUGCAUACUCACUAGUGUUUCUUGUCAGUCUUGCACUGAAUUGCCUCACAAUACGAGUGUAUUUCUGCACCAGUCUACAAGUCCAGUCCAGUAUCACAGUCUACCUGAAGAACCUAGUUGUAACAGACUUCUUCCUCUGCCUCUCUUUACCUGUGCGCAUUGCUACUUAUUCCAACUAUUCAGUGACCAUGUACAACAUUUUCUGCAGCUUUGGAGCAACAGCCUUCUAUGUAAACAUGUAUGCAAGUAUUCUCUUCAUGGGAUUUAUUGCAGCAAACAGGUACUUAGGGAUUGUCCGGCCAUUUGAGGCUCACUCUCUACAGACAAUUCAUGCAGCUCGCUACAUUUCCACAGCAUCUUGGCUACUCCUGUUAUCCAUUGCCUCCAUCUACUUAACUCUCUUUCUCCAGACCUCCUGGGGCAACGAUAACAGGUCUGAAGAAAUUAGCUGUGAGUCCAUGCACAGUCCUCAGUUUUGGAUAACCUACAAAAUCAUCCACUGUUUUCUCAUUGUGUUUUUUAUUUCUGUGCUCAUAUCUCUUAUUCUUCUAUACUGGAGGACUCUGAAAAUGCUCAGAGAAGCUCAGUUGUCCACACAGGCCAUGACCAGUAACCAUUUAUUCAGCAAGUCAAAACGUAACAUGCUAGUGCUAGUGGGGGUUUUCUGUGUGUGCUUCGUUCCCUAUCACCUGAUCAGACUGACUCACAUGUUCAUCAAACCCUUACUGCAUGACUGUACAAUAGCACAGGUGUUCUACAUCCUGAAGGAAGUGACUGUACUGCUUGCAGUACUAAAUGCCUGUCUGGAUCCACUUAUUUACUUUCUCUUUUGCAAGGCAUUCAGAGCCCAGUUUUACUUCUGGAGAUGAUUUUGCCAACCUGACAGUGAACGAGGACUAAAUGGGUGAUAAAGGAGA